GGUUUCCCUUAGCAACAGAACGUUGCAAUCUCCUGCGAAUACCGAGCACAGCAUGCCUAUCCUAGUGAAAGAUUACACAUGGCAGCAAACCGACAGAGAGCUCUAUAUCUCUGUGCCCUUAAAGGGGACCCGGGCUGAUGGCUCCAAUGUACUGUGCACAGAGCACUAUCUGAAGGUCAGUUUUCCUCCUUUUCUGUUUGAAGUCUUUCUAUUUUCUCCCAUUGAUGAGUCCAGAAGCACAGCCAAGAUUGGAAAUGGAAUUAUCCUGUUUACGCUAUAUAAACAAGUUCCUUCUGUGUGGGAUACUCUGACAGCGGAAAGUUUGGAUAAGAAGGAGAUGCAAAGUAUACGUGAAGAGGCCAUUGCACGAGUGCAGGAGAAGGCCAAGCAAGAUAUUCAAGCCAAGGCUGUUGUGAAACGAGAAAAUGAAAAAUAUUCCCUUGAGGUUAUGAUGAAGUUAGAAGACGAAGAAAGGAGACGAAUCGAAGACGUGAAAGAAGAAGAACGAAGAAAAGCAACUGAAGAGAUGGAGAAGUGGAAAGAGCAACAACGGAUAGAAGAAGAACAAAAGAGAAUUCAAAAGAAAAUAGAAGAGGAAAAAAGGAAGAAUAACAUAAAUAAAGCGACAUUCCCAAGUCAGCCAAAGCCCUCUCUUAAAGGUCAUGAAAAGAAUGGCACUCCGGUUGGGAAAAAAGUUGAAGAGAAAGUCCUUCCUCCUACUCGAACAAAUGGCUGUAUUAAAAUUACCUUUACUCCUCGAGUCUUCCCCACAGCUGUCAGGGAAUCUCGGGUGGAAGAAGAGGAGGAGUGGUUAAAGAAGCAGGCCGAGGCCAGGAGAGCUAUUAACCUUGACGACAAAGAACUUCAAGAUUUAAAGGAAGAAGAGAAGAACCCAGACUGGCUAAAGGAUAAAGGAAAUAAACUCUUUGCAGCUGGGGACUAUCUCGCAGCUGUGAAUGCACUCAACCUGGCGAUACGCUUAAACUGUAAAAUUCCGGCAUUAUAUCUCAAUCGAUCUGCCUGCCACCUUAAAUUAAGGAACCUGCAUAAAGCUAUUGAAGACUCCUCAAAGGCGUUGGAGCUUCUUAUCCCACCUGUCCCAGACAAUGCAGCUGCCAGAGUUAAAGCUCAUGUGAGACGGGGAGCAGCAUUCUGUGAGCUGGAGCUCUAUGUAGAAGGCCUUCUGGAUUACGAAGCUGCUCUUAAAAUUGAUCCCACCAAUGAAAAUGUGAAAUUUGAUGCUGAGAAAAUACGACAGAUUAUCCAGAAUUCUUCUCCUGGUGUUGAAUGAUCAAAAACACUAUGUGUAUAUAUUUAUAAUCUGUUUAUGUGAAAAA